GGCACCAAGUUGAUCAUUCGAUUCAGUUCCUUCGUCAGAUCAACUUCAGUUCUGAAUUCGUCUGAAUCUUGAAAAAUCUUCCCACGUGUCUAUCAUCAUGAAUGCGUGUCGUGUCAUGUUGCUGUCACUAGCCGUCACGUUGUUGAUGGCUGUGUCGACUUUGGGUGGACCAAUGGGCUCAUCCUACUACACCUAUCCGACGCCAUACUACACCACCACCGCGUAUACGACUCCAAGCUAUUACACCAAGGCUACAGAAUACUACACCACUGCUGAUCCGCCAAAGUACACCACUAAGGCUCCAGAGUAUUACUACACCACAACUACUGCAGCUCCAAGUUACUACAAGGAGGACCCGAAGUUUUAUGCAGCACCAACUUACUACACCACGUCUGCUCCUUCGUAUUACGCUGAUCCACUCUACUACACCACGGCUGUCCCCAGUUACUACUCUGCUCCAAGCUACUCUGCAACUUACUACGCUAAGGCUGAUCCUGAAUAUUACACCACCACAACUGCAGCUGCCUACACCAAAUCUUACGGUGAUUCCAGUUACUACUCCACUGCUGCUGCUCCGUCUUACUAUGCAGAGCCAACUUACUACACCGACGCCCCAAAGUACUACACCACUAAGGCACCUGAAUACUACACUGAGGCCCCGAAGUAUUAUUCAGCUCCGAAUUACACCACUACAGCUGCUCCUUACUACACCACUGAGGCUGCCAAGUAUUACGUUGCCCCAACUUACUACACCGCUGCUGCCCCAUCUUACUAUGUUGAGCCAACUUACUACACCGAGGCUCCGCAAUAUUACUCAGCUCCUAGCUACUACGAGACCGAAGCACCAAAGUACUACACAACUGCCGCCCCAAGCUACUACACCGAAGCCCCUAAGUAUUAUGCUGCCCCGAGCUAUUACCAGACUGAAGCGCCCGUUUAUUAUACUAAAGCUCCCGAGUACUACACCACUGCCUCCUACUACACCACCAAGGCUCCAGAGUACUACACUACGACCUACGCAGCCCCUAGCUACUACACCGAAGCUCCCAAGUACUACACCACCAAGGCACCUGAAUACUACACCGAGGCUCCAAAGUAUUAUUCAGCUCCAAGCUACACCACUACAGCUGCUCCUUACUACACCACUGAAGCUGCCAAGUAUUACGUAGCCCCAACUUACUACCCCACUUCUGCUGCCCCGUCUUACUAUGCGGAUCCAACUUACUACACCGAGGCACCUCAAAACUACGCUGCCCCUAGCUACGAGAUGGAAGCCCCAAAAUACUACGCAGCUCCAAGCUACUACCCCGAGGAUCCCAAGUAUUAUACCACCAAGGCUCCAGAAUACUACACUACAAAGGCACCAGAGUACUAUACAACUCCUUACUACACUACGACUUAUGAAGCUCCUACUUACUACACUGAGGCCCCAAAGUACUACACCACCAAAGCAGCUGAGUACUAUUCAACUGCCUCCUACUACACCACCAAGAAAGCUGAAUAUGAAUACUACACUACUCCAGCACCUUACUACACGACGACCUACGCCGCUCCCAGCUACUACACCGAAGCUCCCAAGUACUACACCACCAAGGCUGCCGAGUAUUACACAACAAGCUACGCAACUCCUGCCUAUUACAAGUAGGACCUAAAAGACUACACCACAUCUUAUCCAACAGUCAGCCGCUAAGUUCGUAAAUAUUAAUCGGAGUCUAAUUUAUAAGUUGUUCUUCUCUUAUUCACUAUUUAUUGGAUAGACUUAAUUGUUAGCCCAAAUACAAUAAUUGUUAAUUAAA